AUGAUGUCAUACGAAAAGUCCUUAUUGAAAAGUUUGGACAAUCGCACAUCAUCAAAAAAAUUACUCGACAAUGAGUUACAUUCCAUCACGAAGAAUGAUCGUGAAUGGAAAGUAAUAAUCGAAGCCAUCGAAAGAAUACUUAGACAACUUGAAGCAAUGGGCGAAAAUCUUGAACAAUCCAGUAAUGAAAUCAUCAUUGAAAAUAAAUUGCUCGCCUGGAUUCUGAACAAGGUGGAUCAACAAAAGGAGAAACAAGAAAUAUGGUCAGUCGCUAAGUGA